AUGGAUAUACAUACACAUAUAGAAGAUUUUCCAAAUGAGAUUUUCUUCGAAAUAUUUGAUUAUUUACAUGCACUUGAUAUUUUUACUGCUUUUGCUUCAUUAAAUAAACAAAUUACGUCACUUCUACAAUCAAUUCAACUUCAUGUUAUCAUCUUAAACAGCCAUUAUGAUCAUGAAAUUGAUUUUCUCUCCACUCAUCUUACUUUUCAUGCUCAUCAAGUCAUCUCACUACAAAUUUCUGAUAGAAUUCGUAAUCGUUCAUCUAUUAUUAAUUUAUUAUUUAAUCGGCAUCAUUUCAUUAAUCUUCAAUCAUGUAUAUUUAUGUUGGAUAAUUCAUCAACUAAACUUCAAAAUAUUACUAAACAAAUUCAAAAUCUCAACCGACUUGUUUCAUUGUUUAUCUUACAACCAGAUGAUACAAAUAUUAAUGAUAUAGAUAAAUAUGAUAUAACUCAAACUAUUUUAAUGAACAAAUCAUCUUCGCUUCGUUCAGUCAAGCUUAAUUAUGAUUAUGAUUACUUGAGUAUAUCAACUUAUACUUCAAUUACUUCAAAUCUUGUAUCACUUGAUUUAUUAAUAUCUGGCUCACCAAAUACAGUAUCAGUUUAUUCAAUUUUACCAAUUCUUCGUAUUUGUCAUAGGCUACGAUAUCUACAUGCUACAAUAAAACAUGAAAUUCUAUCUGAAAAUAAUAAUAUAAAUGUUUUAAUUCAAGAACCAAUUAUUGAUGAAAAUAAUCUUCCUAUAUCACCACAACUAAUAUCUUUUGAUUUAUCAAUAUUUGCUAUAUGUGAUAUUCGUUCAAUCAGUUAUAUUUUACGUUGUAUGCCUAAUCUUAUUCGCUUUAAGUUGUUUCAUGGAUUACGAGCAAUUAUUUUAUCAUUUAUUGAUGAUUUGGUUAAUGGUUAUACAUGGCAACAUAUGUUUCAAAUGUAUGUUCCAUUUUUAUCUAAAUUUGAUUUUUUUAUUUUAAUUGAGAAUAAAUAUACAAAAUCAAAUUUAAACAUUGUGAUAAAUUCAUUUGAAUAUUUCGUUAAACAAUAUCCUGAAUGGCAAAUGAUUAUUGAUCGAUGGUCAUCUCAUGAUACAAGUUCGCAUGAGAUUGUUAUGUUACGCACGUUUGGUUAUCAGAAAUACAAAAGAAACGUAGAUAUGACCAUUCCAAUGAUUCAUUAUGAAUCAUUUGAAACACAAUCAACAAAUGUAUCAAGAAAUGAUCAUUAUCUUUAUUAUUCAGACAUAAAUUAUUUAAAAUUGCACAUGGAAACAAUAAAAACACAAAUUACUCCUUCUGUUCCUUUAUUUCAACAUAUUAAAUAUCUUGUCCUAUAUUAUUACCCAAAAUUUUAUACAUCAUUACCGAUCGAUGAUCCAUUGACUAUUAGAAACCUUAUGAAAUUAAAUGAUAAUAAUAUUUUAAAGCAAUAUAGCACUCAUCUUUCACAUGCUGUUCAUUUACCCAAUGUAAGCAAACUUAAAUUUGAACCAAGUCGGGAUGUAGGUCAAUGGAAAGAUAUUCGAUUUAUUCUCCAAGUAUGUCCAAAUGUAAUUGAUCUCGAAAUGAGUCCUACAGAUUUAAUUUAUUCAAAAUUCUUCGAUAAUCAAUCUCUUUUUUCAAUUUUCAAACAAAUUAAAAUACUUAAAGCAGUUAUAGACGAUUCUUUUAUUCGUUCUGAAAAUUUUGGAUCAAAACUUGUUCAACGUUUUCCAUCACUUACACAUAUUGAAGUUCAACUGGAAUCAUUCGAUGAUUGUAUACAUAUUAUUGAUAUAUUACUUAGUCAUCUGAAAAAUUUAUUUUAUCUUAAAAUUCAUUAUGUUGACGUUUCAUCAAUUGAUCAUCAUUUUUCGCGUAAUUAUAUUAUUGAUAAACGCCGUCAAACAUUUGGUUUUAAUAUUAUCGAUGAACAUAAAAUUAUAGUUAACAAAAAUGAACAAUCGAUAGAAAUUAGAUUAUUGUGA